AUGAUUGAGAAGUAUUUUAUUUUAUUGGCGGUUUUCAAGGUUGUUCUGGCGGUUCAUGAGUCUAUGUCUUCACUCGAGUUGAAGCACUUCUUUGGCACUGAUGAUAAGCACCGAGUUCCGCAGUAUUAUCUGGAUAAGCCAAAAAUGUCAAUUCGUAAUGGCGGCGCAUUCGAAAUGGAACUACUUGUAGAUGGAACAAGGAAAACAUUUGUGAUGCGUAACAAACCGCAUUUGUUUUCUGAAGGGUUUCAUGCGGUCUCGGACAAUUCGGAAACACUAGUAAGCCCGUUGCACUAUUGCGUUUUCGAGGGGACAAGCAAGUCUCAAAACGAUACCCAUAUUUCGCUUGUGGGAUGUGGAAAUAACUAUCACGGAAUGAUUAUUACCGGAAACGGGGAGUACCAUUUAAUACAGCCACACACACAAUCAGGAAACCACAUAAUUCAUAAGAGAAGUAUUGACUCGAUUGAGCAUGAAUGUCAAUUUGAUGAGAAUCAGGAUCCUUAUCCAGAAGAUCGGCAGGAAAGUGUGAUGCGCAGCGCAUUAAUGAGACUUGUUAAGGAUAUAAGAAGAUCUGAACACAAAAAAGAUAUACUAACUGUUGAAUUAGCAGUAUUCGCCGAUGACGCCAUGUGGGAACAUUUCCGCAAAAUGUACGGAGUUGCAGCAGAAGAAAACAUGCACACUUUCAUAAUGGCGGUCGUCAAUAAUAUUGAUGUAUUGUACACUCAACGUCUGAUCCAACCAAGAAUAAACAUAAAAAUUGUGCGGUAUGAGAUUCUUAAAAAUAUUCCGCAAACUAUGAAUGUCCGGCAGCACGCCAGUGGAGAUGUAGACAAACUAUUGGAUGCUUUCUGUCAAUAUCAGAAUGAACUCAAUCCUAAAAGUGAUUCUGAUCCCAGACAUUGGGAUCACGCUCUGCUUUUCUCAGGUUAUGAUCUUCAUCGUAACGGCGUUAAGACAGUAGCUGGAUACGCUCCAGUCAAGGGCAUGUGCAGUGGUGUAAGAUCUUGUACAAUCAAUGAGGGUUUGGAUUUCGGAAGUGUAUUUGUUGUUACACAUGAGAUGGGUCACAGUCUUGGGAUGUAUCACGACGGCGAUAAUGACUGUGAUUUACGCUGCUGCAUAAUGAGCCCUUCUGUUGGAAGCGGUAAAACGCAUUGGAGUCGAUGUUCGGUUAAUGAAAUGCAGACAUUUGUGGGGCACCUCGGAGAAGACUUUCGGCCGCCAAACUGUCUGCAAGACACACCGAAUAGUGAAAAUAAGGCAUUGCCUUUUAAAGCUUCAGAAGCACCAGGACAACUGUUCACCCUUGAUGAGCAAUGCGAGAUUUUUCAUGGAGAGUGUUGGAAGCAUGAGUUGAAAGAUACUCAGGUCCUUCAAGAUGUGUGCUCGAUGGUUUGGUGUGGAAAUGGAGAAGGAAUUAUACGUACCGCUCAUCCAGCUUUAGAAGGAACCUAUUGUGGAUUCGGAAAAAUUUGCCAUCAAGGUCGUUGUAUCAGUACUAAUCGAUUAAUGAGGGUUAUUCCGGGAGGGUGGUCUGAUUGGAACGAUCGUCCAGAGCCUGCAUGUGGAGGUCGAUGCUCACCCUGUGAAAUUAGGGGGCAAAUUCGAAUUUCUCGAAGUAUUCGUCAGUGUAACAAUCCAAGUCCGAAUAAUGGCGGAGCUGUUUGCAAUGGAGACGAGGCUCGUGGAAUCGUUUGUCAUAAAGAUAUCUGCAUGGGAGAAUCUAUUGAGAAUUAUGCAACUAGGGUGUGCACUAAACUGCGAAAUGAGAACGCUAUCCCGAAUACAAUGCUUUCUGGAGAGGGAAUGCAGUUUGAGCAGGCAAUGUGUAAAAUAUGGUGUCUCAUUUCGGGUUCGACCAAUAUUCGAACUGUAUCAAACUUCCCAGAUGGUACCCCAUGUGGAUAUAAUCAAUAUUGCAUCAAGGGAGAGUGUCGGAUGCUGCGAUGUGGCGGCGCGGCUCUUGCAUACUCUGAGGCAGACUGUCCAAUCUUUGCUCCGAAACCAACUAAUAAUAAUAAUAACAUUAAUAAAAACAAAAUUAAUAAUAAUAAUAACGGAGCUAGCUCAAAUAAUAACAAUGUUCAUUCGGUGGAUCGUACUACAAAGACAAAUCCAUACAAGGACCACAAAAAAAUCCCAUUCCUUAACGAAUGGUCAGGAUGGUCCGAUUGGUCGGAAUGUGUUACCUAUGACUGCAGAACUCCUGGAGUGAAAGUGAGAGUUAGAAGAUGCCUCGCAGGAGUAUGUGUCGGGCAACUAAGAGAACGCAUUUCUUGCUCUCAGCCAUGUACAGGCUCCGAAUCGCCGACUACCACCGCCGCACCACCACAACAAACAUUCAGAAAUAAAUUUGUUGCUCCAUUACCUACAAGGAGUCGAUCUGUACAGACAACUACGCGAAAAUUAGAAACUCCAAUAUGGGGUGUUUGGUCUGAUUGUAGCGUCACAUGCGGAAAUGGGCAAAGAAUUCGUAGGCGGAUGAACUGCAUCGGUUCAGAUUGUUCUGAAACUGGUUCUUGUACUAUGCUAGCUUGUUCUCAAAAUACUUGGACUGAAUGGUCUAAUUGGUCUCAGUGCUCUCUGAGUUGUGGAUCUGGAUUACAGUUCAGGAAACGUGCCUGCUUUGCUAGCUUCUGUAAAGGACGGGAUAGUGAUGCGAGAAAAUGCAACGAGCAACGAUGUGCCGGAUCAGAAAAUCCAAAUGCUCCAGGAAAGUGGACGGAAUGGUCUGCUUGGUCUUCAUGCAGUACUAAAUGCGGAACAGGACAUCGUAGUCGUCGUCGAAGAUGUUAUCAGGGAAUUUGCACAGAAACCAAGAUAUCGGGAAUGGUGGUCUCUACAUUUAGCAGAGAUGUUGAAUCGGUCGCAUUCGCAGUUCUAGCAUUUCUUCUUGGUGGGGUUAUCUUAUUCAUAUCCUGCUUUUUUGUCACAAAGUGCCUUCAAUGUUAUAAAGCAAGGCAGAGGAGACUUCGACGAAAAGCUCUUGGAGACGAUGACGACGAUGAGGAUGGUGGUAACGAUGACGAAGAUGAUGUGAUAAGCGAAAUCGAGUUUGAAGAUGAGCAAACUUGCCAGAAUCCUAACACCGCAUUGGUUAAAGUGUAA